AUGCCUGUGACACAUUCCACUGCCGGUCUUGCCGAUACUUUCGCAUACAAGCAGGCCUUGGAGCUGGCCACGGGUGUGAAUGUAGCGAGGAAGGCGGGUUUCAAGACAUGGACGACGCGUCUACGACUUCACAGAGCGCUAGUUGCGGCGAAAGAGUCAGAGCUCACUCGAGAGCUGCGGCUCAUGCGGCAGCCACAACGUAGAGAAGCAGGGCCUCAUCCGACACCUAUUGUUAGUCUUAUGCCGGGUAUUCAUCUUCCUGCCUUGGUCGCUACUGAGGAUGCUAGGAAGGCUAGCGAGCAACUGCGGAAGUGA